UUGUAUUUCUCUACCGCGAUAAGCUUCCCUUCUGUCUGGAGCCGGCUUUCUCCAAAGUGACACCUUUUCUCUUACGGAGGAGCUGUAAUGACAUGGCAUCUGCCAGUUCGAGCAGGUCUGGUGUUGGCCAGAGCUCCGAAAAGUCACAGUUGACCUUGAAAGUGCUGUCGGCGAAGCCCCAGUCGCCCAAGUCCCCGAGCCGCCACUCUCGCUUGAACUCCUUCGUGGAGGUGACGGCCGACGGGCUCUCCAGUGAGACCAAGAAGACGGGCAAACGCUGUGGACACCCGGAGCUGCAGUGGAACGAGGACCUCACUCUGAACGUGACGCCCCAGAGCCACCUGGAUCUGAAGCUGUGGAGCUGUCACGCUCUGCGGAACGAGCUGCUGGGCAUCGCCUCCAUCGACGUCUACGACACACUCAAGAGCAACAAUGGCAAGAUGGAGAACGUCCAGCUGAACCUGGCCCUGCAGACGGAGAACAAAGGUUCCCUUGUGCCGGGAGGAGAGCUGACCGUGUGCCUGGACGGGCUGGCUGUUGAUCUGGGAAGUUUGCCUAAUGGCAGCGCUGUGACGGACAAACCGCAGCAGAGCGAUGGCCAUGGUAUCCGUCGGACCCAGAGUGAGGAUUCACCGCCCUCGAGCUCCGGCAGCUGUUCUGGCCCCAGAGGAAGAUCACACAGACACUCUGCAGGAAUGGCGAGAGGAGGGCCAGUGGCGAAUGGAGACCCUGCGGUGAAUGGAGAACACAGCCCCGGAGCAAGGAGCCGGCGCAGACAGACUGGCAAGGCCCUGAGCAGUAACACUGGCCUCGGCACACCAGGGAAGGCGGAGGUGGCAGCCAACGGCACGGAGGAUGGGAGGAGAAGCCCCACGUGUCAGACGCCGCCCCCAUCAGCGGCCCUCUCCACCAGCACCACCCCCUGUGCCGGGACCCCCAGCUCGGGCAGCGAUGCCCCGCAGGGCGACACAGGAGAGACAGGAGGCACGCCCACUCCAGACCAGGCCUCCGCAGCACCCGAACAGAACAUGGAGUCCCUGCCUCCUGGCUGGGAGCAGCGUGUCCUCCCCAAUGGCAGGAUCUACUACGUCGAUCACAACACCAAGACCACGACCUGGGAGAGGCCACUGCCACCAGGGUGGGAGAAGCGCGUGGACCAGCGGGGCAGGUUUUACUACGUGGACCACAACACCCGGACCACCACCUGGCAGCGGCCCACAGCCGAGUCGGUGCGGAACUACGAGCAGUGGCAGUCCCAGCGCAGCCAGCUGCAGGGGGCCAUGCAGCAGUUCAGCCAAAGGUUCCUCUACCAGGUACGGUGUGCCCGCGGGAGGCGCCAGGGCGGCCCUGCCCUCAGACUGCCCCGGCGGGCGUUCGUCAUGGCGGCGCCGUGCUGCUAG